GACCGCCAAGCUGAAGGCAAGCAGUUCUUUCGGAAAUGUCUGUAACGGUGCCCUGUCUUCUGAUGAAGAGACCAACAAUGGCUUGAGGUCUCCCAGUUAUAGCAUGGGAACACGGGCCUUUUCCCAUGAGAGUAUUUUUAUGCCUGAUGGGCGAGCAGACAGUGAAGAGUCGAUUCAAGCAAUGUCACAAGAUAAUCUCGUUGGCAAAGUCAAAACUCUUCAGCAACAGCUGGCCAAGAAUAUUAAAUUUGGCCAACCCUCACAAAUGACAGUAUCUGUGAAAACACCUGGGGAAGCUAGUGGAAGUUUGGAAGCAGAUGUGUUGCUGAAUAACCCCAUGGAGACUGUGAUGCCACCAGAUGUGGUCCUUCUAGAGAACCACCACAAAUCAGCUGUGAUGCCAGAUUCCUUAAGUCCCGCAAAUCUGGGUGAAACAAGUCAUGACAGAGAUGAGAAGGUGACGCCUGUCAAAGUGUCAUCUCGGACCAAAAGACACCAUUCCCCUUCUGGAACCAUUGAAACUGUCAACCUUGAUGCCAUCCCUUUCGCCACUGCUUGUCUGGACAACAGUGCAGCAAAGCACAAACUCUCAGUCAGGCCAAAGAAUCAGAGAGUUUCCAAAAAGCACAGAUUGUCAAAGGAGGUACAGAGUUUAAUAGAAGCUGACUUUGGACAAGACUUCCUAGAAUUGCAGGGCCCUGAAGAGAAAAUGACAAAAGAUGAUGGCUACUAUAGACCAGACAAGUUAACCCAGCAUGGAGAAGCCCAGGAACAGAAACCCGAAGGAAAACGAAAACAGGACUAUUGGAUAAAUCUUGAGGCAGGGAAGAAGGAACAAAUGGCUGAAACAAAAUUCAAAAGCCCUGUGGACCACGAAAGACUUCAUGAAUUUGAGGGAAGCCAAGGAGAACAAAGAGGGAAGAAACUGAAACUUCAGGAAGAACAACUUUAUCAAAUAGAGGAGAAAAAAGAUCACGAUUAUCAGGAAAAAGGGCUAAAAGAACAAGAAAAACAGGGAAGGACUGGAGAACUGCCUGAAAAAUUGCAGGCACCAAUCCCCCAAAAAUCUCAGGACCUUGAGGAACAAAAACAAAGGGUUGAAGAACAGGCACAACAUGAACUAGAGGCACAAAGGCAGCAGAAAGAGCACAAACCACGUGAAAUGGACACGCAAUGGCAAAAGGAGAAAAAGAAGAAACAACAAGACCUAGAGACACAAAGGCAGCAGGUAGAAGCAAAAAGACAGGGUGAACUGGAGCUCCAAAGACAACAGCAGGAAGAACAAAAGAGACAACGUGAAAUGGAACUACAGAGACAGAAGGAGGAAGAACAAAAGAGACAAUGUGAAGUGCAAUUCCAAAGGCAGCAACAGGAAGAAGCAAAGAGACAACUUGAACUGGAGAUUCAAAGGCAGCGGGAGACAGAACAAAAGAGACAACAUGAACUAGAACUACAGAGACAGCUGGAAGAACAAACGAGACAACAUGAACUAGAACUACAGAGACAGCGGGAGGAGGAACAAAAGAGACAACGUGAACUAGAACUACAGAGACAGCGGGAGGAAGAACAAAAGAGACAACGUGAACUGGAGCUACAGAGACAGAGGGAUGAGGAAGCAAAGAGACAAAGUGAACUGGAGAUCCAAAGACAAUGGCAGGAAGAACAGAAGCAAUGUGAACAGGAGGCACAAAGGCAACAGGAGGAAAAGAAGAGACAAUAUGAACAAGAAGAACAAAGGCAUAAAGAUUGUACGAUACAGAAAGUCAAAGAUCCAAAAGAAGAAAAGAGACAUCAAGAAAUAGAACAGAAUGACAAUUUGAUCCAGCAGGGAUGGAAAGAUAAAAGGGAAGAACCAGAAAAGGAAAAGGCUGAGAGAGAAAAAAUAAGCCAUCAGUAUUUUGAAAAGCAGAAGAUGAAAGAGCUUAAAACAGUUCAAACUGAAAAGCUGUCUGAACUGAACCAACAACUACUUCCGGAGCAAAAAAGAGAAAUACGACAGAGAAAGAAAGAGCAAGAAAGCAGCAAAAAUUUAGAUGAUAGAAACAAACUGCAAGAGAAGAGAACGGCUAUGAAACUGAAGGGACAAGAAGAGCAACAGCAAAAUCUGAAUGAAAAACAAUUUAGUACUAAUGAACGAAAGCAGGAAAAAUCUGCAAAACUGGUUGGAUCAACAGAACAUCAUAAAACAGCAGAAAUAGGGCAUGUGUGGGCUGAAAAGGAGAUGCAGCAGGAGGAAUUUAUCCAGAGGAUAGAGGAGCCACAAUUGGAAAGACACAAAAUCCUCUGUUUAGAAGAUCAGCUGUCACUGGAAAAGCCAAAAGAAGAGAAGAAAUCCCACCAGUUACACAUGAAUAAGCAUUCAGAAGAUAAACAUUUGGAAACUGUUGAAAAAGAGCUCCAACGUCAAGACGAACCAGGACAGCAACAGAGAACUCAGCUAGGCAAAGAACAGAAGGAAGAAGGUGGUCUAAGAGUUCAUCAGGCGAUGAAUGUUGAAGUUGAGGAACAGGAAAGAGUUCUUGGCGAAGAAUUACGUUGGCAGGAAGUUGAUGCCCGGCAAACGAUGUCCAGAGGCUUCACCUUUCAAGUGUCUUCUGGAGAAAAAGAAAUUAUAUUUCCCAAAGUGAAUUUGAGUCCAGUUACACCUGUGAAAGAGGCUCCACUUCCUCCUGCCACAAAAGAAUUUAAAGACCCCCCUAAGUCUAGUCGAGGUCUUCCAACUUCUUCAUGUGUUCCACAUACAGCAAUCUUGGUAACUGGAGCACAACUCUGUGGCACUGCAGUAAAUCUCAACCAGAUAAAAGACACGGCCUGCAAAUCUUUGCUUGGUUUAACAGAAGAAAAGAAAGCGAUGGAGGCGCCUGAGCCCGAAAACCUCCAGAAAGCUGUUGACGGCAGGCCGCACAGCACUAAAGUGAAGCACGUUCAAGAUUCCGUGGACAACCAAGCCAUACUGGAUGAAUGGGCUUCAAUUCGUUCAAAAAUCUUAAAAGGUGCGGAAAAUGACAAAUUCAGUGAAAAAGACAGUGGAAGUCUUAAUAGGCAUAGUGAUGAUUGGACAGCUAAAGAUCGAAGUCCUUCCCAUGGUAACUUACGAAAGACUUUGUCUGUAAAUGCAAAGUUUUCUAUAACUCCCGCAUGGCAGAAGUUUUCAGAAAUGUCCAAAACCAACGCAACUGCAGAGAAUAAAACUGUUCCUGAAGCAGAAAGUGCAGCAAUGCAGCCGAGUCCGUCCACUCUGCAUUCAGACAAUGAGGCCGUCCAAAUAGAGUCCCUGGCUGGGACAAAGAAUGUAGGAACGUCACCUGGGAAAAUCAGAGGGCGACAGGAAGUAGCAGGGAAUACGGAGGGAUGUAAGUUUGCCAAAGAUCUCCCAUCUUUUCUUGUUCCAAGUCUCCCAUGUUCUCCAAAUAAAGAACUCUCCCCAUCCGAAACUUCGUCAGCCACGGAAACCCAACCCAGCAACGUUGGCUCAAAAAAAUUGGACCGAGCUUCCCCAGGCGGAGAAGAAAAUGUCUCCCCGUUUGGAGUGAAGUUAAGGAGGACCAAUUACUCUUUGCGUUUUCACUACGACCAGCAAGCGGAGCAGAAGAAGAAGAAACGAUACAGUGCAGGAGAUAGUUUUGACGGCUUGCCAACUCCACUUACCCCAGACAAUGAACAAGAUGCAAAACCUUUAUUUUUAAAAGAUGUCAAAUCUCCGAGUCAAGACAGGAAAGAUGCAAGGCUUAAUUCUGAUAACACCACAUUAACUAUUAUUAGUCGCAGUUACACCAUAGUUGCACCGAUAUCUUCUCCUACUGGACCUAUGUCUGCACCUGGUCAAGAAAAAUCUGCUUCUAAAUCACCCCUACCACCAAAACCUGCACUGGCUCCGAAGCCCAUCAGCCAAACACCACCUCCAUCUCCUCUCACAAAACCCCGUAGAUCUCACUUCACUGAGCCCAUCGGGAAAAGGGUAUCUAAAAUGGAACCUGACAUCAGCUGGAGAAAAAGUGAAGGUAAAGGGAGUCCUCAGCCCUCCCAAACACCCGGUGAAAGCAAGAAUGAGGAGGAAGAAUCGAGAGAGAAGAAAUCGUUUUUUCCAUCCAUCACCAUGCCCUGGAGAGAGAAAGUGGAGAAAAAGCCAGAGCCAUUGAAAAAAGAAAGGCCAGUUCUUCAGAGCAGGCAUUCCAUCGACGGUUCAAAAGUGAUGGAGAAAGGGGAAACCGCGCAGCCUCUGUGGAUCACUUUGGCAUUGCAAAAACAGAAGGGCUUUCGGGAGCAGCAAGCAACCCGCGAGGAAAGGAGGCAAGCCAGAGAAGCCAAGCAGGCUGAGAAAUUGGCUAAAGAAAAUGCCAGCAUAAACAACCAGGCAGAUAAUAAAAGCAAUAAUGUGAGCAGGUCAAAUGUACUGCAAAAAUCCACUGGUCCAGAAGAGGAGAAAAAAAUGGAGACGGCUAGGUCAAGAUUUGAACGUAGAGAACAGCUCAAAAAAUCGAAUACCCUGCCUUCAUCCGUCACAGUGGAGAUCACCGAUUCCCUUUCCUCGUCGCCUUUGGCUAAAGAAGUCACCAAGAGAUUCUCUACGCCGGAUGCUAACCCCGUCUCAACCGAACCUGCUUGGCUGGCCUUAGCCAAGAGAAAAGCGAAAGCUUGGAGCGACUGUCCUCAGAUCAUCAAAUCUGAUUCAAGAUGAUGAAAUUGGUUUAACGAGGGAAACUGAAUUGGGACUGCCAAAUUCCAGCCAGCAGGACAGCAACAAAGACAGCAACAACUCUCCUAAAUCUUUGCUGUUUUAUAGAUUUGCAGCUGAGCUACGAAAGCCUUUGAUUUGAAAAGCUAAUCGUAAGGAAAAUGUGAUCUUUUUCCCCCUGAGUAUUGAUGCCCUUUUAAAAUUGGUAUUCCUAAAUUAUCAGUCAGUUAUAUUUUCUAGUUAGACAUGUAAAUAUGCAAAAAUAAUGUUGUGUUGUACUAAACAUCAGAUUGCUGGAUAUAAAAAAUGGUUGAAACAAAAUUUGAAUGCAGAAUUUCUAUUUCUCUUCCUUGUAACAUCAGUUUAGAAUGAAAUCACUUUUAAGACAGAGAAGUGCAGCCUACCAUUCAUUACAUUCUCAUUCGAAAAUCCCACCUCAAAAACAACGAAAACCCACCCAUACACACACUAUGUACCUGGAGUCAGGAAAAACCCUAAUUCAAGGAGCAGUGCAAAAAUUGCAAUUUUGGUCCAAGACAACCAAACAGAUGCAGUUACGGAAUAAGCAUAAAAGCGCCGGAGAAAAUGUUUGUUGUGUUUAGGGAGAAGCACAAAGAUGCUAAGUUUAAUAGCUGAGCAACUGUCCCAAAGAAAGUUAAUUCUUGUAGCCAUUGUCACUUUGGUCUUUUAAGUGAAUUCAGGACAUAAACCUCCUUCAAGACUCAAUCUUAAAUGAGAUCAGGAAUGCCUAUUAGAAAUACAGCUGAAAGGAUGAAGUUAGGAUGUCCUAGUGACUCAGUAGAUAGAGCCAAGGUGGGGGUUUGAAGAGUGAAAAAUGACUUUUUUGCCACUCUCACAAAGAGUGAAGUGUUCAUCAUUUAAAUUAAUCCUUAUUCACCCUUAUAGCAACUAAACAAUCUUCUUCCGUUCAAGAACAGUUUGCAUUUCUUCUGGAUUUCAGACUUCUUCUGGUGGGUGAAUUCUGGCUCACCCACAAUUUACUGAUUUCAUUAUCAUAGAUAAUGCAAUCUUCGACGAGGUGAUCCCAGGAACAGCUUCUACCGAAUGUGUUACAAACAACAUAGAGGAGAAACAGAUGCAAAUUUGGUAAAGUUGUGUUGUGACUAAGGUUAACACAAUUCCCUACCCCGAAGGUGGCCGACAUUUACAAGCAUUUUAAUGUGCAUAGACUGGUGUCAACAUGCUGUUGCAAAAAAAAUAAUAAUCAUCAUCAUAAUUGUGUACAACUCUCUAAUUUCCUCCAACUCAAUUACACUUCUAGACUGGGGAAAUAGACUUGGAGAAAAAGAGGAACGGGAAGGGGGGGGGAAAUUGGUGAGGUGGACAGAGCCAAGCGCCACAAAAUAAGGUAAUUUUGCAGGGAAGUGGGUAUCAUUUUGCAUGAGAAAUAUGGGGAAACAAAACUCCCCAAAUAACUCUAGAGGUGGUUAAUGCAGAGCUUAUAGUCUUGUAAAUAGUUCUAUAGCAGUUUUUUCAAGCAUGAGGAUUCACAGUGAAUGAAAACUAUAUACAGUCCAGGGAAGCAAAGCAAGAGUCAAGGGGCCAUAGGAAGUUCUGCUGCUCUGUUCUCCCAAUUUUACUCUGGUCUUUCAGGACCAGCCACCAUCCCAACAUAUUCAUUAUCGACAUUUAUAGCCCUUAAUUAUCCUUCAGUGUUCAAAGACUCCUGGACAGCGAUGGAGUGUUCUUUUCCUAACAUUCUCUACCUAACAGGUGUGGUGAGACAACAGGUGAAUUGCAUUCGCUGCCGCUCCGCACGUACAGACACAUUCCUGCAGGCCAAAAGUUGGCCCACCGUGCAACGGAGUUUUGUAUUAACAGUCUCGAUUUCUGCGUCAGUAAUUGGAUCAAAGCUGGGCUACAUGAAAUAUUUUGUUUGUAAACGUUUCUAGAAGCCUGUUUUAAAAACAUUGUCAUUUCAUAUAAAGUCAACUUGAACUUUUGCACUAAAUACCAAUGAAGUGUUACUUUGCUUAAGCCUUUCUUAAUAAACAAAUAAACCUGGAGUAACUUCCAACACUUUAAAACUGAUCAAACCUCUUUGCACAAUUGUGGUCUCAAUUUU